GAAUUCCGUAGCUUGUGGUCUAUCUGUGGUCUACCAGACACUAGGAUUGAAGAGUUGACGUUGGCAUUACGACGAAUUCUGAAUCUGUGUGACGAAAUCGUAGACAACAAAUGCCCUUGUAGACGAGAUAAAGCUCUUUCCCAGCUGAUCGACGCUGUCAGUCAGGCUCCGCAAUGCGAGGUUAUGUGCUCGUGACCAUCAAAAUGUGUCUUUGCGCUGCCAGCCAUAUUCGUCCCCCACAGUCAAGCCAACUUUGCCAAGCGGAGACGUGCUAUUGCUGCUACGAGGCUAACUGUCUACCUUUACCUCGAACUCAAGGUGGGUCUACCCGUUUAGUACUUUGCUCUUGCGGUUAUCUUUCAACAUCUUAUCACCCUUCACGUCCCCGCUCACACCCACCUAACUACCUAUCAACCUCCUCCAACACAAUGACGAGCCCUUUCAGCAGUCCUAGUACACCUCGUACCCCGGCCAACCCUGGCUCGGGGUCGGGGAAUCAGGGUUCCACCACCGAGAAGCCAGGAUACGUGCAGCGAGCACAAGACAUCGCGCAGAACUCAUCUAAUACAUCCCCAAGGCGCAGGGGCAAACGUCCUGUCGAUCCGCUCGGACCGCAGAGUCCUACGCCCAUUCGGAAGAGCGCUUCGCACCGCGACAGAAUGCUGCUGCGACCGGCACGAGCACCCCAAAAGGGUUACGACGUGAUGCAGUUUUACCCUCAAGAAUACUAUGGGCGACCGAGGCCUCUUGGCUUAGCUCUGCCGUCGAUCAACUUGCGAUCCAACGCAACACAGUGAAGCUGGACGAAGACGAUACGAUGAUGGCUGGCGCCAAGGUCAUUUAUUUCGUCCACAACGACGUGAGGGCAGACAACGUCGAGUCGUUACUUAAGACAUUGCACGCUUUUCCAACCGAUUCCUUGAAAUCGCCGAGUUUUGUUCCAAGACUCUGUACAAACAUCACCUACACAUGGGGGCUAUGAA